UGUGUGUGUGUGUGUGUGUGUGUGUGUAAUUCUCGGUUUCACCGGAGCAAAGCAAAGCGGAGCGCGUGAGUAGCGCGAGCACCUAUUAUUAAAAAGGAAGAUCAAAGGCGUCCAAAAAAAGAAAAGAAGCGUCGCGUGAGAGAUGUAACAGUGUUCCGCUCCUCCACACACACACACACACACACACGGAGGCGGCAGAGAGGAGCAGGGAGAAGGUUUCCUCUCGGUGUCCCGGAGGAGCCUAUGGAGCCGCGCGGUCACCGGGUGCGCGAGACAUUCCGCCACACGAGCGACGCGGGCUUUUGUUUUGUGGAACCGACGGAGGGAAACGGUCUGAGCGCACCGCAGUGACACACACACACACACAUAUAUACACACAUAUAUACACACACAUGCGCGCGCGCGAGUGUAUGUAUGCAUUAUUUCAGCAGUAUUUACCCCCUGAGUGCACGUGCAGUGGCGGAGACGCGGAGGAUUUUAUUCCCUGGUCACGCGCAGGAUCUCUUUAUCUUCUCCGCAGUUUUAUUACCGUCAACGGAACAAGUCUGGGCACGUGCAUCCCUGCAGCUCCAGAAGAAGCCAGCGAUGACUUUGGUCUUGUCCAUGAACCCUUUCUGUGACCAUGAAGCUGAACCUCCGUGCACAAUUUACCAGCCUGUCUGGAAGCCGGAAUGCAGUGGCCCCGCCCACUCGUCAUCUAGGGCCGACACCCAUGAGCUCCACGACGAGCCCCCCUCUAGAGGAAGCACAGAUCAUGUGACCAUGUCGCGAAUCGCUUACUUUAAAAGGAAAUAUGUGGAAGACGACGACCUUCCGCUAAACUUCAGGAGUUACCGUCGCACCGUGUCCCCAGGGUUAGAGGAACAGACUCACGUGCUUCACCUCUCUCUGGACAAAAUGCGUUUCAUAGAUGACCCUGAGGCGUUCCUGCGCCGCUCCGUUCUCAUCAACAACCUCCUGCGCCGCCUCCGAACCGAAAUCCUCCUCCAGGGGGCGUGGCCAUUCAUGGCAGGCUCCGCCCCAGUUUCCUUAACCACACCCGUCUCUGUUCAUCAGGACCGGAUCCGUAAGAGGCUGAGGUUACUGCACGAGGACGAAGAAGACGAGUGCGUCUCCGCGUGUUGUUGCUUUUACGAAGCGAGCAGGUACAUGCAGCUUCCUGUAUGUGUGUACAAGAGGGACCUUCAGCCUUCAUCAUCAACAUCGUCAUCACAGUCAUCAUCAUCCUCAGCUAUAACCGAGAGACUGGAGCGUCUUUUUGAAGAGGAAGAGGAAGAAGAAGAAGACGCAGAGAGCGAAGGAGAGGAGGAGUUGGAUUCUCUGUGUCCUGGUUUGGACCUGUGUGAAGCAUCGUUAAAAGCGAGGGAGGGACUUAGAGAGAGAGAGACAGAAGGAGAGAUGAUGGUUGCCGUGGAAACGGGACAGCAGGCGGCGCUAGUUUUGGCUCAGAUUGGGAGGAAAUAGCAAAGCUGAGGAAACUUCAGAAACUCGCUAACGGUGCCUUAUUUUUGUAUUUUUGAUGUAUAUACAGUUUGCGUUGGUGUUUGUGCACGGACAUCCUUAACCUUUUACUUUAACGCAAACAGUGAUUAUGGUUAUUCCUUCUCGAUAUGAUCCGGUUUAGGAUGAAACAUACUGUUUUAGUAAACGGCUAAAAUCGGCUAGCUAGUUCAUGCUCCCUAGCUCCUGCCAGUUCACUGCUAAAAAAAGGAAUUCAUCACGUUGAGGCUCCGAUGUCACAGAUACUGUUUCUGCUAGUUAGCGAUUACAUAAGGGCUGUUAGAGUGGCGUCACAUUUGCUUGCUAUCUAACAUUUCAGAAAACAGGAAAACCUAAGCACAACUUUAGCUUUUGUCUGAAGGUAACCAUGUAAUUAGCAAAGUAGCUAACAGUAAGGUUCAGGUCAGACCAGUAUAACACAGCCAUCGUAGUUGUUUGCUAGCAGCAAGAUGAGUUUUAAAAAUGUUAGCUGGCUCGUGCAUAACCAAAGUGCAUGGUUGGAUAAAGGUGUAAGGAUUAGUUUUGUAGCACUACGCUAAAUGUUUUUUUAAUUGGAGAGAUAAAAGUUAAAGAGCUAGCUAGCUUUCUAAUUAGCUACCAGCAUUCUGUGAAAUCAAAUGCGUGUAAUAAUAAACACAAAUCCAGCAUUGAAGCUAGGUAGCUAGCUAAAAUGGUAAGGGACCAGUGUUUAGCUAGCAAGAAAAGACACUUGUCGGCGGCUUUCAAUUUUUAUCUAAUAGAGAGCGCGAGAGAGAGAGAUUACCAGAUUGUACAUGGCAAGUUAAAAUUCUCCUCAGUAUCUGUAUUAAAUAUCUGGCACAUACCUUUUUAAAAUGUACGCUUAAAGGAGGGUUUUUUUUUUGUUAUUUUAGUAUUUUCUUAUGAUUUUUUUAAUUUUCUAAGUCUGACAGCUUCAUGACAAAGUCACUGUACGUCACUCGCUAGUUUCAAUCAGUUGCUAGCUAGAAACGAACACAGAGGGGCUUUCUCACACAAAGCUAACAACAUGCUAACUGAUGCUGUCAGGGUGUGUUAGCUGACCUAGCUAGUUAUAUCCACUUGCUAGGUACUUUCUUAACAUAAAAACAGACAAAGCACAAACCUUUUUUUUUUUUUCCUUUUUUAAAGCAUGAAUUGUGACUAGUUCCCUGCCUGACGCUAGCUAGCUAAAGGCUUGAUUUAAAAAGAUUUAGCUACACGAUAGCUAGCUCACUUCUGUAAAGAGAUUAAAUGUAUUUAAUUAAGGUAAAUGAAAAAGAUGUUACAUUUAAAUUAAAUAAAUCAAAAUUGCUAAAAAUAAAUUAAAAAAUAAAUAUUUUGUGUAAAGUUUAAAGAGAGAUACAAUCACAUGGUGAAAAGGUAAAGAAAGUCAGCUGUAAUGUUUAGGUGAAAAAUCUUAAAAUCGAAAGAUUUCUUAGAAUUCUUCCUGGAUCAGACGGGAAAUAUUUAAUUUAACAAUAUUAGAUUUCUAAAUGCUCUAUCCACUCAUAGAUAAGAGAAAUAAUAAAUCAAAGAUCAAUAUUUUCCUCACUCCCUGAUAGACCUGGUACACGUGUGCCUGUGUGUUUUUAACUUGUAUUAAAUGAACAAGUAUUACAUUUCUAAAGUUAGUCUGUCUCUUUGUUGUAGUUUUUUUUAUUUUAGAUUUUUUCAUAUUUGUGUGCAGUUUUUUUUUUAAAUGAUGAUGUCAGUUUGAAUGUAUUUUUUCAGUGUAAUGUAAAAAAAAAGAA